AUGUCCAAUGAACUUGAUUUCAGGUCUGUGCGGCUGCUAAAGAACGACCCAGUCAACUUCCAGAAGUUCCCCUACACUAAUGAAGACGAGGCCUGGAAGACCUACCUGGAAAACCCCUUGACGGCCGCCACCAAGGCCAUGAUGAGAGUCAAUGGGGAUGAUGACAGCGUUGCAGCCCUGAGCUUCCUCUAUGAUUACUACAUGGGUCCCAAGGAGAAGCGGAUACUGACCUCCACCAACGGGGGCCGGAACGACCAAGGAAAGAGGUACUACCACGGCAUGGACUAUGAGAUGGACCUCACCCCCUUGGAAAGUCCCACGCACCUCAUGAAGUUCCUGACAGAGAACGUGUCUGGAACACCAGAGUACCCAGACGUGCUCAAGAAGAAUAACCUGAUGAGCUUGGAGGUGGCCAUGCCCUCCCCGGGCAAGGCAGCUGCCCUCCCCGCAGGCCCCAGCAAGCUGGAAGCUGGCGCUGUGGACAGCUACCUGCUGCCCACCAGUGACGUGUACGAUAAUGGCUCCCUCAACUCCUUGUUCGACAGCAUCCAUGGGGUGCCACCCACACAGCGCUGGCAGCCAGACAGUACCUUCAAGGAUGACCCGCAGGAGUCGCUGCUCUUCCCAGAUAUCCUGAAAACGUCCCCGGAGCCUCCAUGUCCAGAGGACUACCCUAGCCCCAAGAGUGACUUCGAGUACACCCUGGGCUCCCCCAAAGCCAUCCACAUCAAGUCAGGCGAGUCGCCCAUGGCCUACCUCAACAAGGGCCAGUUCUACCCCAUCACCCUGCGGACCCCCGCCGGCGGCAAGGGCCUCGCCUUGUCCUCCAACAAAGUCAAGAGCGUGGUGAUGGUUGUCUUUGACAACGAGAAGGUCCCGGUAGAGCAGCUGCGGUUCUGGAAGCACUGGCAUUCCCGGCAGCCCACAGCCAAGCAGCGGGUCAUCGACGUGGCGGACUGCAAAGAGAACUUCAACACCGUGCAGCACAUUGAGGAGGUGGCCUACAAUGCACUGUCCUUCGUGUGGAAUGUCAACGAGGAGGCCAAGGUGUUCAUCGGUGUCAACUGCCUCAGCACAGACUUCUCGUCGCAGAAGGGGGUAAAGGGUGUCCCCCUGAACCUGCAGAUUGACACCUAUGACUGUGGCUCCGCCACCGAGCGCCUGGUGCACCGCGCCGUCUGCCAGAUCAAGAUCUUCUGUGACAAGGGAGCCGAGAGAAAGAUGCGAGAUGAUGAGCGAAAGCAGUUCCGGAGGAAAGUCAAGUGCCCGGACUCCAGCAACAACGGCAUCAAGGGCUGUCUGCUGUCCGGCUUCCGGGGCAAUGAGAUCACCUAUCUGCGGCCCGAAGCUGACCUGGAGACCCCGCCAGUGCUGUUCAUCCCCAACGUGCACUUCUCUGGCCUGCAGCGUCCCGGAGGGGCAGUGCCCUCGGCAGGACAGGGCGGCUCCAACAGGCUGCCUCUGAAGCGUGCCGGCUUGCCCUUUGCUGAGGAGCUGGAGCCGCUGCCCUCCAAACAGGCCAAGGAAGAUGACCUGCAGAGAGUCCUGUUGUACGUGCGGAGGGAGACCGAGGAGGUGUUUGACGCCCUCAUGCUGAAGACCCCGGACCUGAAGGGGCUGAGGAACGCGAUCUCUGAGAAGUAUGGGCUUCCCGAAGAGAACAUUUACAAAGUCUACAAGAAGUGCAAGCGGGGAAUCUUGGUCAACAUGGACAACAACAUCAUCCAGCACUACAGCAACCACGUCGCCUUCCUGCUGGACAUGGGGGAGCACGAUGGCAAGAUUCAGAUCACCCUGAAGGAGCUGUGA